CAUUUUCAGGAUAUGUACGUAAGGUAACAAAUACCAAAUCAACGAUGAAAACAAACAGAGGAGAGCCUCUGCGUGUUCGUCCUCUGGACUUGAGGCGGAAGACAACGUUACAAGCCUCUCUCUUGUUCUUGUUCUUGUUAUUGUUCUUGUUCUUGUUCUUGCUUGUUUUGACUCUAUUCGCUGGAUUGCAAUCUGUCGAAGAGACCCACUUGCUCUGUUCUUCAAAGGUUUAAUCUUUAUCCUUCCCCACAAAAAGAAAAUUGAAAAUCAUAUGGUGGGGUAGUUGGCGUAAACUCUGUCAAUGUCAAUUCGAGUAACAUAAGCUACGGGAAUGCCGCAAAAUUGAAUCUUGCAGUAAAAUUUGUAACGAGUUUGAUAUUUCUGUUGAAGUCUGCAGAGAGAGAGAGAGAGAGAGAGAGAGGAUUGUCUGCGCGAUGUCACUUUCUGUCGGCAUUGUCGGAUGACUUGAUUCUCUUACAAUCUCUAUGGUGAGUUUAUUCUAGAAAAAUUGCGGCGGCGGAGGUUGAUGCUUCAGGGGCUUGUCCUGAAUCGGUUUUCCGACCAUUCAUCAGGGAUGUUUUCUGGGUUUAUCGAGUCUCCGUAUCUGUGUUCGUAGAUUUCCGUUCUGGGUUUUCAUCUCUGGUAGUCCAUCGAUUUGUCUCUGCACAAAAAAGUAAUCCCCCCCCAAUUUAAUGUCGGAAAUGUGGGAAUUCCCGCCGUUGAUUUAGGAAAUUGUCGAUUCCGUGAUGUUUUCAUGCUGAUGAACUUCAGCUUUCUGAAUAUCUGCUUGUGUCGCCAUUUCUCUGGUGCUCAAGUUUUGGAAUUUAUGUCAAUGAAUUUAUGUGAAUCCAUAUCUGUUGUCGCAUAUCUCCACCCAUUCAUGUAGAAGAAUCUUAUUCAUUUACAUUUUGACUCCUUUUACCUCUUUUAAUGAAAGUUGUAAGUAAAUCCACAAGCCUUGUUUGCUUUUGUUUUUUUUUGUCUUGUCUUUUACUGUUUUUCUUAUCGAGCCUCGCCGCCAUUUCUUGCUUUCAGGUAGUUAUGGCAUGGUAGAAGUUUGAAGAAUCUCUGAAAGAGUUUUUUUUUUGUACCAAAUGUCAAAAACUCUUGCAGCAGCCAUUGGAGGUGCUGCAGGAGCUCUUGCAUUCAUGGCUCUCUUGAUCUUUCUCCUAUGGUUUUGCCGCUUUCUUUGUCGGAAUCUGUCAAGAACUUCUGAGACAACCUCCUCUUCUAUUCAAACAAUGAGAAACGUCACGACCGAGUUGUCUCUUCGAGAAGCUGGAAGAUUUGAGUUGGACGAGUUGACUCAGGCCACCAAUGGUUUUACCAGUAAGAGUCUCAUAGGUGAAGGCAAGUUUGGUGAGGUUUACAAGGGAUUGCUUCAAGACGGCAUGCUCGUGGCCAUCAAGAAGCGACCCGGAUCUCCUACUCAGGAAUUCAUCAAUGAGAUCCGAUAUCAGUCAUCUAUCCAUCACCGCAAUAUCGUCACUCUCUUGGGUUACUGUCAGGAAAACAAUAUGCAGUUUCUGGUUUAUGAGUAUAUUCAUAAUGGAAGUGUUUCCAGUCACCUUUAUGGUGAUGGUGGCAAAGGGCCUGGACAGAAGCUAGAAUUCAGGCAUAGGCUCAUGAUAUCUCUCGGGGCAGCUAAAGGAUUGGCACAUCUUCAUUCUUUGAGUCCUCUACUAAUACACAAGGAUUUCAAAACAACCAAUGUCCUUGCAGAUGAAAAUUUCACUGCCAAGAUUGCAGAUUCAGGGCUUUGUACUCUCCUAGAUACAGAGGAUGCCGGUUCAUCCUCUCGAAUGGUGGCAGACGAGAUAUUACUCGCCCCGGAGGUUCAAGAGUUCAGAAGAUUUUCAGACAAAAGUGAUGUUUAUGCCUUUGGGGUAUUCCUACUGGAACUAGUGACUGGUCGAGAAGCAUCAGAGCCGUCCCCUUCGUGUUCAGACCAAACUCUUCUCGAAUGGAUGCGAAACAAUGUGGAUUACACUGAUCUAUCCGUGGCGGUGAUAGACGAGAGACUGGGGAGUAGCUACACAGAAGAAGGAAUGGAGGAGCUGAUAAGAUUAACGGCACCAUGUUUGGAAGUGUCGAGUGAGAGGAGACCUGAGAUGAGCUAUGUUGUGACAGAACUGAAGAGAAUACUAGACAGAGAAGUGAGCUUGACGACAUUAAUGGGUGAAGAAGGCACACCAACCGUUACUCUUGGAAGCCAGCUUUUCAAAGCCAUCCAGUGACAAGAAUGGAGGAGGAGAUGUUUGGUUCAAGUGUAUAAAGAGCAGCUGAUGCUAAGCUAUUCGUGGUGUUUUCCCCUCCUUUGGAUUGGAGUUGUUAUUUCAGAAUAUUUUUUUUUGGUUUUCACCAUGAAUGCAGAAAAUAAAGGGAGCCGAAGAGUGGGAUGUAGAAUUGUUAAACAUGAUCUUGAAUCUUGAAGUGUAAAUGAUGUUUUAACAGAUUCCCUUUUCUUG